UGCAUUUGGCGUAAACUGGCAAAACGACAUUGUAUGAAUUGCUAACUACAGUUUAAAAAAAGCAUAUAAUAUUACUACCUAAGUAAUAGUUGUGCUGUGGCACAAUGUUAACACAGUUGUGUACUUCACUCUAGAAAACUGAGUUGUCCUAAUUUGAAUAUGUUCACUUUGAGUUAAAACACCAAAAGGCCCAACAGAAUCAAACCGCUUUAUGCUUUGAAUGGAUUCACAGCAGUUUACAUUUCUCCCAUGACAGAAAAUUCUGUCCCACAUUUUAAAAAAGCUUCAUUGAAAAUGUUUUGUGUUUUAGAAUAGGUCUUUAAGCAAUCACAACAUAAAUCUAAACUUUGUCUUUUUGAGAAAAAUGUCCUUUUUUCAGCACUAUCAGCAUGAAGUCAGCAGGGCUGUGAGUUGUCAACAUUUCCAAGAAGAGCUGAUGAAUGAUGCAUUUGAGUACUUGCAACAGCAGCAGACAGGUCUGCUGUGAUUGGCUGUGAGCUUCAGGAACAAAAGGUCACCUGGUGGAGACGCCAAAACUGGGUUGAAUGCAUAAAACACGUUAGCAUCCAUUGCACUGGUAUAAAUUAGAGUUUGGACUCAGUGAGAGCGACUGGCUUGUGGAAAGAUGCGCCUGGUGGUCCUCGCUGCCGUGUGCGUGCUCUUCGUUGUGGAUGAUGAUGGGAAUGUGGGAGCAGUUCCACUUGGACUUGAUCCUGUACAGAAAACUCAUGGAACAGCCCUCAGGAGAAGACGUGCAGGUGACUUCCUGGCAGAAGACCCCAACCUGUGUCUGUCCCUGAGGCAGGAUGAGGAGCAACAGCAGCUCCUGUGCAACGACCGCCGCAGUAAAUUCAACUACAACCCAUUUGGCCUCCGAUUUGGAAAACGCUACAACAACAACUAUGUGUUCAGAAGAGCUGUGAAAAGAGCCAGAACAAGAGGCUUUUUACCGCUGUCCCUUUUCUCCCGAGAGCUGGAGGUGUCCACCUAAAGGCAAGAAGUUGUGGAUUUUAUGUCCGGAAGUCAGAAAUUUAAAAUCUUACCUGUAAUAAAAAUGUUUCCUUAACUGAAAGUUUGACAUCAUUUUGUAA